AUGAAUGAUUUAUAUAUCCAAGACCAGUUAUCAAAAUUCUUUGAAAUAGAAAGUGUUAAAACUGCCAGUCCUUGGUCCAAAGAGGAAAUGGACUGUGAAACUCAUUUUAAAGACACAACAACAAGAACUCAAGAAGGUCGUUUUUUUGUAUCGAUUCCAUUGAAAGCAAGUCCAAAAAUAUUAGGUGAAUCUUUAGGUCUAGCCAAAAGAAGAUUCAAAUCGCUUGAGCAAAAAUUCUCAAAAGAACACCAAUUCUCAAGAAUGUACAAGAAUUUUAUCCUCGAAUAUGAAAAGCUCAAUCAUAUGCAAAACAUAGGAGAGGUAUCUGAAGUAAAUCAUGAGGAUGUCUAUUAUUUACCGCACCAUGGAAUUCUACGUAUGCAUAGCCCAACAACGAAAUUAAGGACAGUUUUUGACGCCUCGGCACGAACUACAAGUGGAGUUUCUUUUAAUGAACUUCAGCUAAAAGGACCGGUAAUUCAAGAUGAUUUAGUGUCAAUAUUAUUACGCUUUAGACAAUAUAAAUAUGUUGUUACCGCAGACAUUGAAAAAAUGUACCGUCAGGUCUUGGUGUCAAAAGAUCAGCAUAAAAUGCAAAAAAUUUUAUGGCGAGAUAACGAAAAUAAAGCACUAAGUGUCUGUGAACUUUCCACGGUAACUUAUGGUACUACAAGUGCACCAUUUGUAGCUAUUAGGUGUUUAGUAGAAUUAGGUAAACUUUGUGAAAGAGAAUUCCCGAUUAUUUCAAAUAUUAUUCUUCACGACUUCUAUGUCGAUGACCUUUUGACAGGUUUCGAUGACAUUCACAUUGCAAAAGAAAGUUGUCUUAAAUUAUGUGAAGUUCUUGGAUCAGGCUGCUUUCCACUUCGAAAGUGGCGAUCAAACUUUCCGGACAUAAUGCAUGAUCUAAAAGAAGGUAAACUUGCUGAUUCUUCGGAAGGUCUAGUCAUUGGCGAAGAUGAUGUUGCAAAAACCCUAGGUAUAUCGUGA